CUCAGAUCCAUUCCAACGAAGAGAAAGAAAAAGAAAAACUGAAAAAGGAAGAAGGCGGCGACUCGACCUAACCAGUGGAAUCGACAUCUUCUUCUCUACUCGUCACAGAGCAAAUCUGGUGCCAAACAAAAGAAGAUGCAAUGGGACUCUCCCGUGGACCAAGGCUUUCUGGGAUGCAGAAACAAGUCCUUAGUCUAUACAGACCGUUUCUGAGGGCAGCCCGUGCAAAAUCUGCUGAAGAUCGACAGCGGAUUGAGUCACUUGUGUCAAGUGAGUUCCGCCGCAAUGCCAAGGAGGUAGACCGCAAAAAUUUUCUUUACAUUGAGUACUUGCUUCGCCGCGCUAAGAAACAGCUUGAUCAGCUCAGGAGCCCCGAUGUUGUUGGAUUAUCAGCCCUGAAUGUCAGUUUCUCGCAGACAAAACAUCCCACAAAUUGAAGUAAGAAUUUCAUCUAUUCUUAUUUACUUGUCGAGCCAAAUUUAGUUUGAUCCAUUGUUUAAACAGGGUAACAGAGGAAAAUAAAUUUUUGGCUGAAUUUUCCAUGUUGCUAUAAAAUCUCAAUGUAAGCUAUUCAGAAAGCUCUAAAUUGUGCGAUUCAUUGAUGGUCAUGGUCUUCUAAGGCUAUGUGUAUUGACUGUCUUCCAGAUAAUGAUAAUAAUAGCUUAUUGGUCUUUGUUGAGAGUUCAA